GCAAUUCAGCUGAUGGAAAUUCCUCCAAAGUAGUAGUUGUUCUCAUUGCAUUUGGUGCCUUGCAAUACGAAUGGGCAUCAUCCAGCGUAUGGAAAUCAGAGAAGGCAACAUUUGAUAAGUUUUUGGUGGAGGAUUCUAAAAAAAUUUGAGAAAAGAAGAGCGUGUAUUUUAAAUCCUGAAACUCCUUGGCCAGAAUUUUUUUGGUGCAGGAUUUUCUUCGCAUAUUCAUAAUCUUCUUGGAUAAGGAUGGCUCUUCACAAUUGAGUUUUCCGCCUGUGACACCGCUUCCUCUUCUUGUUUCCAAGAAGAUUCAUUCCGAUCCUCAUUGGCACUGCCAUCUUACAUUUUCCUCAGACACUUUGCUUUCCAUUCCUCAUGACUUUUGCCUGCCUACAAUUUCAUACAUUGUUUCAAGCUUGAAACAUUGUCAACCUUAGCUGAGGCUGCAGAAUAAUGGAGAAGGCACUUUCUAUUUGUAGACCUACCAUGAGACAUCCUGUUUUGGAUUAUUGCUCCUUGACACCACUUAAUUCACAACACAAGGUUUUGCUUUUAUCUACAUGGAGGAUGAGAGAGAGGCUGAAGACGCUAUCCGUGCACUUGAUCGGAGAGAAUUUGGCCGAAAGGGUCGCAGACUACGUGUUGAGUGGACCAAACAAGAGCGUGGCAUUAGAAGACCAGGUGGUGGCAGAGGUGGAGGAGAUUCAAGGAGAUCCUCUACUAAUACAAAACCUUCCAAGACUUUAUUUGUUAUUAACUUUGACCCAUAUCAUACUAGGACAAGGGAUUUGGAGAGGCACUUCGAUCCUUAUGGUAAGAUAUUGAACGUAAGGAUUCGAAGGAAUUUUGCAUUUGUCCAGUAUGAAUUGCAGGAGGAUGCCACUAGAGCAUUGGAGAUUACAAACAUGAGCAAAUUGAUGGAUCGAGUGAUUUCAGUGGAAUACGCUGUUCGAGAUGACGACGAGAAAAGAAAUGGGUAUAGUCCAGAUAGGACUCGUGAUAGGUCUCCCGAUAGAAAACGGCGAUCCCCAAGUCCCUAUAGAAGAGAGCGAGGAAGCCCUGAUUAUGGCAAUGGUGUUAGCCGCAGUCCAUAUAGGAAAGUCAGGGCUAGUCCUGAUUAUGGAAGUCGUCGUAGUCCAAGCCCUUACCAGAGAGUGAGGGAGAGGGGUUCUCCUGAAUAUGGUCGUGGUCGUAGUCCCAAUCAGAGUCCUUAUAGGAGAGAGCGAGAGCGAGAGAGAUCAAGUGACCAUGCGAGGGCCCCUAGCCAUAGUCCUUAUAGGAGAGAGCGGGAGCGAGAGAGAUCAAGUGACCAUGCUAGGGCCCCUAGCCAUAGUCCUCCUGCUCCCCAUCAGAGGGAAAGAGCAAAUGGUGAGCGAGCCCACAGCGGAAUUCACAGUCCUUACGGGAGAGAGAGGGGCAGUCCUAGCGAAGAACGUCGAACUAGCUAUAGUCCUCGUGAUAGAGAGAGGUCAAACCCGGACAAUGGUCAUGAUCAGCGGCCAAAAACAAUAGCCGAACCAGGGGAUAGCCCGAGUUAUGGUGGGACUCAGAGCCCGAAGCAUCGGGGCUAUAAGAGCCGUUCACCUGAAGCAGAGGAAUGAAGUUGAUCUCAAUCUGGUUGGUUUUUAGAAGAGAGUACGUUUUUAGUUGUAUAAUGGUGGUGUUAACAUUUUUAGUACAAGGGUUUGUUUUGCUGAUUUCUAUACAUUUAUGCUUCAGUUUGUAGCGAUGGUAUGGAUGAUAUAUGCUAUGCUAUGCUAUGCUGUUUGUUGCCAGAUUUGAGUUAACACACAACAAGUUUGCUCC